AUGGCUGUCGUCAACGACGCCGAGGUCAAGCAACCACCCCUACACAUUGAUGAUCUCGGAGCUGACAAGCCCCCAUCCUCAAGUUCCGAUAAUGCCUGGAAAUCUUAUUUCUGGAACACACUGGACAAGUCCCCCGAGGAGCGCCGCUUUCUGUUCAAGCUGGACGCGGCUCUGUUGACCUUCACGUCGCUGGGCUACUUUAUCAAGCAUCUCGACCAGAUCGACAUCAACAACGCCUUUGCGUUAGGCAUGAAGGAGGACCUGGGCCUCUACAUCGGCUAUGUUCUGGACGACCUCUACGUCCUCCACCUCUUUAUUGGUCUGGCUGAGAGCAUUUUCUACCCCGGCAUGCAGUACAUCAUCGGCUCCUGGUAUCGGAAAGACGAGCUAGCGAGCCGCUCGUCCAUAUCUCACGCAAGCGGCGCUCUUAGAACCAUGUUCAGCGGCUACUCGAUGGCCACAGUCUAUAACCUCAACAGCCGAGGCGGAUCUAAGGGGUGGCAAUGGCUGUUCAUUAUCAAUACUGCCAUCUCGCUUCCGAUUGCAAUCGGCGGCUUCUUUUUCCUGCCGGGCCUGCUCAAAAUCACCAGGCCAUGUUGGCACAUUUAUCUUUUUGUGGCACUCUACGUCGUCUUGAACAACGGCGGCGGAGCGCUUAGCCAGCCGGCCUUUCCGCUCUGGCCCAAGAGCAAGGGCUAUUACUCGAUCACGCAGAUCAACACGUACCCGACUAUCGCAGCCGCCAUCACGGUUUUAUCCGCGCUCAUCUAUGCGGCGCCGAUCGUCUUCUCGACACUGGCCAACAUAGUCGUGUACUCGAGCCUGUCAGCCUGGAGCAUCCCCGACGGGUGGAAAUGGGUUUGCUUCUUGCUGGCCGGGUUUGGCGGCGGCAUUGCCGGGAUGGCCUUAGCGUGGGCGAAUGAAGCCUGUAGCGACGGCAACGAGGAGCGCGCUCUGGUGGCGGGGUCCAUGAACGAGCUGGUCUAUGUGGUCCAGGCGUGGCUGCCUCUGUUGAUCUGGCAGCAACCCGAGGCUCCGCGGUACUUCAAGGGCUAG